UAUUAUACUACCUACGUAUAAAAAAAUGUGUUUGGUCAUAGUGUAAAAACAGUUAGUAUUUAAAGAAAAUUAUUUAGUUGUAGUAUUAUAGGUAACUAGUUUUGAAAAGAUAUUUUUAAAAUGUUAAAUAACUACAGGACUGCAUUCUUAAGAAAAUCCAAUGAAACUAUUCAAUUAUUUCGACUAUCAUCUAGUACUUUAGAAAAAUUGUCAAGUAAUGGAAUUAAAAUUGAUAUACCUAAAUAUAUAAAUCGAAGUUCAACUGAUAUAUUAAAAGCAAUUUCAAGUACUAUACAACGAGAUCCAACAGCUGCUCACUAUAAAUAUCACGAUGACCCAUAUUUAAUUCCAGUUUCAAAUUUUCAAAAAAGAGCUUAUGCUUUAAGUCAAGAAUCUGGUAGAAAAGCAGCACAUUGGAUUUGCAAUCAACACCCUGAAUUGUUUAAUCAUAAAGUAGCAUUUCCUCCUAUUGAGAAAUUUUAUCCAAAAGUUAUUUAUGAUGAAAAUUGCGAGUUAGAUGAGAAUGAAUUAAAAAAAAUAAUUGAAAAAUCUUUUGUGUCAGAUGCUAUAACUGUUCAUAACCUGUUAAUAAAAAAAGGCAUAGAAAUAAGUUCAGAUACACAACAAUCACUUUUGGAGUUAGUAUGUUUUUACAAUAAUCAAGAUGAUCUAGAAGAAGAUUGGAUUGAAGAACGUUGGUAUACACAAACAAAUAAAGAUCGAGAAGAAUUUAGAAAUACUUGGAAAUCUAAUGGAUUUGCAAUGAAUCUUUUUUCAACUAUUAAAUCUCCUAAACCUCAUCAUUAUUCAACAAUUAUACAAGGGAUGGCAAAAUAUAAUCAAUUUGAAGAAGCAUAUAAGUUGUACAAAGAAGCUAAUGAAAAAGGAUUUGUUUUAACAACCAAUGCAUAUAAUUCAGCUAUAAGAACAGCUGUUUAUGUCAAAGAAGGAGCAGAUCAUAAGUGGCUCCAUAUUCAAGAAAUAUUAACUCAAAUGAAUGAUUCAGGUAUACCGAUGAAUUUGUGGACUUUAAAUUCAAUUCUUAAUGUUUUAUCUACUAUGGUAACAAAUUCUGAAUCAAAAAAAUAUGCAUUAAAAACCAUUGCUGAAGCUAAACAAUUUGGUAUUGAACCAUGUUUAGCAUCAUACUAUUAUUUAUUACAGAUAUUUUGUGCAGACAAAAAAAAUAAGAGUACUAUUCUAGUUGAUAUAUUAAAUUAUAUCGAAGAAAAAUCAUUAAGCAUCAAAGACUUGGUUGACGUAAAUUUUUUUACUGCUGCUAUGGAAAAUUGUCGUUACCAUUUACAAAGUGUUGAUGUUGCCCUAAGAGUUCAUUCUAUUUUGUUAAAGGAAAAAAAUUAUAAUUUAAUUGGAGAUUCAUACAGAGAAUCAGUCUAUUAUCGGCAUUUUUUUGCUUUAUUAUGUCAAAAUGAAUCUGUUGAAUUUUUGAUGAAAUAUUACAAUGAUUUGGUUCCACACAUAUACAUACCUGAACCAACCAUUACUGAGCUGAUUGUGAAGUCUAUAAAUAUUGCUGCAGCAGUUGAAUUUUACCCUAAAAUUUGGUCAGACAUUUUAAUGUUUGAUCAAGCAGAUAGAGAACCCAUUAUAAUAGAGUUAACAAAUGGUAUGGCUCAAAAUUUGUUCCCAAGUCUUGAACCAUCUAUUAAAGAAAAAUUAGGCAUAUUAUCGGGUACAAUUUAUGAUGCUAUUGAUGAAAGAAAGGAAGCUGGUAAAAUAAAAAUGUCAUGGACUGGUAAUAUAUUGGGAAAUUUGAUAGACAUCUGUUUGUUUGGAGAUAAUAUUAAUAAGGCAACUGAAAUUAUUGUGAAACUGCAUAAACAUCAAAAUUACAUUAUUGGAAUUCCAGAUAGCCAUACAAUUUCUAAAUUUGUAGAUUAUUGUAUUGAAAAUAAUUGUUUUAAUGAAUUAUUAAAAUGCAUUGAAUACUCUUUGGAAGUAAAUUAUCUUGAACUAGAUGAUUUCAUUUCAAAAAUUAUGACAAAAAUGACUUUAUCACCUAUGCAGCGAGCACAUUUGUCAAAAUUGGUUGGAACAGAACAUUAUAUUGAAAUUGAAAAUAAUAUUGAACCUGCUAGCAAUUAAGUUCAUUUCUAUUUUCAAAUUUUAGUAAUGUAUUACAUAAUAUAAUUUUUUUUUUUACUAUAUUAUUUGAUAUUUCAG